AAUCCAAUUGGAAUCGCGGCGCACAACGGUUAUCGUCGUCCGUCAUUCCAAUCAGUCUCUCACUCUUUCGCUCAUCUUCUGUGUUCUGUGUGUGUCGGUGGAAGUCUCUCUCCCGCAGCAGCAGCGCGCAUCUAUUUAACAGUUGGUUCGGUGGCCGAGAAAAGGAGAAUAAUAGACACAAGAAAUCGUAUCGAUCGCAUCGAUUGGAGAACAUUAACAAUAAUAAUGAUAAGCAAAAAUGUGGAUUUGAGCAGAUUGCUGGCGAGUCUUUUGCUGGUAUUUGGAGCAUCAGCAUCGGCGAAUGGCAACUCUAUACCGACGAUAACGACGCCUCAGGGCGUGUUUGAGACGCGGACGGACAAAGUGCCGAUCAGGCCGGUGGCGCUGCCAGCAAUGCCCAGCGGCUAUGAUGACAUUGACACCUUUGUGCCAUUCAGAAGCGACUCCCACGACCAGUUCUCGUGGCAGCUGCUGAAGACAGUGCUCCAGAACGAGACGGCAGCAAAGAAUGUGAUCAUAUCGCCGUUCUCCAUCAAGCUGGUCCUGGCCCUGCUCUCGGAGGCAGCCGGCGCCGAUACCCAGACGCAGCGGGAGCUGGCAAACACCCAGACAGACAUCAGGUCGCAGAACAAUGUGCGCGAGUUCUACCGCAAGACGCUCAACUCAUUCAAGAAGGAAAAUCAGCUCCACGACACACUCAGCGUGCGCACCAAGCUCUUCACCGACAGCUUCAUCGAAACACAGCAGAAGUUCACGGCCACGCUGAAGCACUUCUAUGACAGCGAGGUCGAGGCCUUGGACUUUAGCAACGCCCAGGCGGCAGCCGACGCCAUCAAUGGUUGGGCCAGCAACGUAACAGAGGGUCGACUCAAGCAGCUGGUUGUCCCGGACAAUGUGCGGAGCAGCGUGAUGCUGCUCACCAAUCUCAUCUAUUUCAAUGGACUGUGGCGGCGGCAGUUUGCCAACACCUACCAGGGCGCCUUCUUCCGCAGCCAGAAGGAGCAGUCGCGCGUGGAGUACAUGGAGCAGACUGACUUCUUCUACUACCACAACUCUGAGAAGCUAAAGGCACAAAUCCUUCGACUGCCCUACAAGGGAAAGAACUCCAUGUUCGUGCUGCUGCCCUAUGCACUCGAUGGCAUCCACGAGCUGGUCCACACGCUGGAAAACGACGAGCUGAAGGGCGCCCAGUGGGCCAUGGAGGAGGUUAAAGUGAAGGUGACGCUGCCCAAGUUCCACUUUGACUACCAGGAAAACUUCAAAGAGACUCUCAAGAGUCUGGGCGUACGUGAGAUCUUCGAAGACAGCGCCUCACUGCCAGGACUGACGCGAGGCGCCGAUGUGGCUGGCAAGGUGAAGGUCUCAAAUAUCCUACAAAAGGCCGGCAUCAAUGUAAACGAAAAGGGUACUGAGGCCUUUGCAGCCACCGUUGUGGAGAUUGAGAACAAGUUCGGUGGCAGCACAACCAUCGAGGAGUUCAAUGUGAAUCGUCCCUUUGUGUUCUUCAUCGAGGAGGAGUCCACCGGGAAUAUCCUAUUUGCCGGAAAGGUUCACAAUCCCCAAGCCUAAACCUAAUCCUAAGCCACACAUUCGUCGCAGUGUUUAAUCUUUUAAUAUGCAAUAAACAACUAAGAAUCGAAACACACAUAAAUUGUUGCUCUUGA